AUGGCACCAUAUGAAGCACUUUACGGACGCAAGUGCCGAUCUCCCCUCUACUGGGAUGAAAUUGGAGAGAGAAAACUUCUCGGGCCCGACCUGGUUCAACAAACGGUGAACCUAAUUCGAGACAUCCGCGAAAAUAUGCGAAUUGCCCAAAACCGACAACAAAGCUACGCUAAUAAUAGAAGGCGAGAUUUGGAAUUCGAAGUCGGAAGUUUAGUAUUCCUAAAAGUAGCCCCUUUUAAAGGAAUUUUGCGAUUCAGAAACCGAGGCAAACUAUCUCCGCGGUAUAUCGGACCGUUCGAAAUACUCGAAAGAAUAGGCAGUCGCGCUUACCGUCUAGCACUUCCGCCAAAUCUAUCCCGAAUCCAUAACGUAUUUCACGUCUCCAUGCUCCGCAAAUACAUUUCCAGUCCUGAUCACGUCCUCAAAACUGAACCUAUUGAGCUAAAUCCAAACCUUUCAUACGAAGAAAAACCCCUCCGAAUUCUAGACUCCAAAACCAAGACACUUCGAAACCGCGAGAUACACCUAGUCAAAGUACAGUGGCACAACCACACCCCCGAAGAAGCUACAUGGGAACGCGAAUCAGAAAUGAGAAGUCUCUAUCCCGAAUUAUUCGGGACAGGAGAUGGUGUGGAUCUUCAAGAGUUGAUGUGGAAGAAGAUGAAGAAUGGAGGUGGUGGUGAGGUUUCGGUGGAAUGGAGAGAGGAUGACAAGCAAGGGGGUUAG